CCACAUUCCCGAGACAGUCUUAACUUAAGUCAGACUUAAGAGCGCACACACAUUUGACUCUGAUUUACCUUUAACUCUAUUUGUAUUAGACACAGGGAUAUCGAUAAAUAGGCUAAUCACUUAUUCAUUUUCGGAAUUGACGGAAGCUAAUAGACAUGUGCUGUAUAAUUGUAAAAGUCUGUCAUCUUCAAACUUUUCAGACAAAGACGACCCGUGCUUCAGCCCAGUGUUCGAGACUUUGACUUAAUUUAUUGCCGCAUUAUAACUGUAGAUAGGCAGAUACACCAUUAGGCCUACCUUAAUUCAUUAUUUUAUUUGAGAAAUAGCAACAAAUGAAUAAAAUGUGGCCAUAUUUAGUCAUUUCUAGCUUAAUUUUUUGCCUCUUCACGGACACUCUUUCUCACUCAUUUAAGACGGAGGAAAUAAUACCUGUGCGGUUGACUGGACGGCCCGGUGGACGAGUGGCAAAGAGGAGCGAAGAACAGCCGAGCUUCAGACUCAUGGCUUUCGGCAAGAAUUUCACACUUAAUUUGACACCGGACAGCACGUUCAUAUCUCCAAAACUCAAGGUUUAUCGUAUCAAAGCCAAACACUCCGCGACAGAGUCCUUGAAUCAGACUGAAGAAGAGGAUGGGACGGAAUUACUGAAAGGCUGUUUUUACACCGGGGCUGUUGACUCCAAAGAGGACUCUAUCGUCUCUGUCAGCUUAUGUCGUGGGAUUUUAGGAUCAUUUAUUACAGAUGGUAAAGAAUAUAUGAUCGAACCGAAACUUUUCAGCUUGAGGAAACACGGAACAUUCACCGAAGAGGUGCAUAUCAUUAAAAGAAGACAUUUUACCAAGUCCCCGCCGUCUGAUCUCAGAGAAGAUGAAAAUGAUCAAGAUUUGAUGAGGCAGAUGUCACCCAGGCGUAGACGGUUUGUCUCGACAUCCAGGUUUAUUGAGACUUUAGUGGUCGCUGACGCUUCCCUGACACAUUUUUAUGGAGAUGAGAUCAAGCACUACAUGCUGACCUUGAUGUCAGUGGCUGCUCAGAUUUACAAACACCCCAGCAUUAAGAACUCCAUCAACAUAGUGCUUGUGAAGAUGCUGAUCGUAGAGGAUGAGGAGGUUGGGCCAUCCAUCUCCAGCAAUGGAGGCGUUGCUCUGCGCAACUUCUGUGCCUGGCAACAGCUCUUCAACCCGCUCAACCACAGGCAUCCUGAGCACUAUGAUACUGCAAUCCUUUUUACUAGAGAGGACAUCUGUGGACAUCAGAGCUGUGACACGUUGGGUGUAGCUGAUGUUGGGACCAUGUGUGAUACUAAAAGGAGCUGUUCUGUUAUUGAAGACAAUGGUCUUCAGGCUGCUUUCACAACCGCCCACGAACUAGGCCAUGUUCUGAGUAUGCCCCAUGAUGACACUAAGAACUGUGAGCAGCUUUUUGGACAUCUAGGAGAGGACCAUAUCAUGGCCCCUGUAUUCAGUCAGUUCAAUAAGACUUCUCCUUGGUCUCCAUGCAGUGCUUUCUACGUCACACAGUUUUUCAACAAUGGACAUGGAGACUGCUUACUGGACACCCCUGAGAAGAUUGUGGCCUUGCCCACUGAGCUGCCAGGCAUAACUUACAGCCUGGACCGCCAAUGCCAACAGAUAUUUGGAGAGGAGUAUUCACAUUGUACCAACACUUCAGCCAGUGAGGUGUGCAGACAACUUUGGUGCCAGGAGGAAGGCCAGUCCAUGUGUACAACUAGAAAUGGAAGUCUACCUUGGGCAGACGGCACAAGCUGUGCCCCUAACAUGACCUGUCUGGACGGUGUAUGCAUGUCCUCUGAAGAAGUCAUUAAACCUAAGUUGGCUGUGGAUGGAGGCUGGGGAGAGUGGGGACAAUGGCAACCGUGUUCCAGAUCAUGUGGAGGGGGAGUGAUGUUCUCCUACAGAGAGUGCACACAGCCAUCACCUCAGAAUGGUGGAAAAUACUGUCUGGGCCAGAGAGUGAAGUACCAGUCCUGCAACAAACAGGCCUGUGAGAACAACCAAGGAAAAACUUUUAGAGAGGAACAGUGUGAGAAGUACAACAAUCCCAAUCACUUUGAUGUUCAUGGAAAUGUGAAGCAGUGGAUACCAAAAUAUGCUGGAGUAUCACUGCGGGACAGGUGUAAACUCUUUUGCAGAGCAAGAGGCAGCAGUGAAUUCAGAGUUUUUGAAGCUAAAGUAAUUGAUGGGACCCCAUGUGGACCAGAUACCACAUCAUUCUGUGUGCAAGGCCAGUGUAUCAAAGCUGGUUGUGACCUGGAGAUCGAUUCUAGUAAAAAGCUGGACAAAUGUGGCUUGUGUGGAGGGAAUGGCUUGAGCUGCAGGAUGAUAUCUGGCUCAUUCAACAAAGUUGUCCAAGGAUAUAGGGAUAUUGUGACGAUUCCAAGUGGAGCCACCAACAUUAACAUCAAACAGCAGAGUCAUGGAAGUAUACCACAUGAUGGGCAUUACUUGGCUGUCCGAAGAGAAAAUGGCGACUAUAUCUUAAAUGGCAACUUCUCAGUAUCCACAGUGGAGCAGUAUAUUCCAGUGCAUGGGGCUGUGCUUAAGUACAGUGGCUCGUCCACCACACUAGAGCGAAUCCAGAUCUUUCGCCAUCUCCAAGAACCAAUCACAAUACAGCUGCUUUCCACAGCUGGAGAAACCCUCCCACCAAAGGUCAAAUACACAUUCUACAUUCCCAAAACCAUGUCAUUCAGCAAACCCAAAGACAAAAAGAUUUAUGGUAAAUUGAUUCAUCCAUUUGGGGUGCCAGAGUGGGUCACUGGGGAGUGGUCUGAAUGCUCCAAAACCUGUGGAUCAGGAUGGUCCAGAAGAAACGUUGAAUGCAAAGAUAAUGCUGGCUUUUAUUCAAACCACUGCAAUAAAGAUCUCAGACCUUCUGAUAUCAGGGCCUGUGCAGACCUGCCAUGUCCCAUAUGGCAAUCAGGACCUUGGUCUUCAUGCUCACAAACUUGUGGCCAUGGGGAACGUCACCGCAGGAUUUUCUGCAUUGAUUACUCUGGGAAGUCUGUGAAACCAGAAAAAUGCGAUCCUGCAAAAAAACCAGAACCAUUACCUGAAAAGUGUUUCUACCAAGAGUGUUGAAGAACAUCAUGUGUAGACUUUCAGGGAGAAUUUGCAGAUUAUUCAGAUCAUUUUGACAAUGCUUCAUGUUGGAGAAGGAUAAUAUUCACAGUAGCUUCAAAAGGAAAAAAUGGUUGAGCUGUACUGAGUGAAAUUGGUCAUGAAUUAUUAAUGAACUGAUCACUUUGUUUCCUAAAUGUGUGUAUUUAUAACCACUAUUGAAGGUUUUCCAAUGGAGAUCUACCUCAGCAAGAAAUAUUUUAUUGCCAUUUCCCUAGUUUCCUGUCUCCUACUAAUCAUGUUUUUUUUUUUUUUUUCAGAGUGUGACUCUUUUACAAAAACUAUCAGCUUCAUUCCAAAUAAUUUAUUUCUACUAUGUUUAAUAAUUAAUGAUUCAGGUCAAUACAUAAUACUCAUGUUAGCUAAAUCGUUAACAUUCCUCUCUGUUGGAUGAGGACAGAAUUUGUUUAGUUUCAAAUUCCUAGAUUUGUAGAAGAUUUGUACAUUUAAAUGUACAGAAAAAUAAUGUAAUGUAAUGACCAUCUAAACAAUACAAAAGGAAUUAAUUUCAACCUGGAUUAGCAAAAUUGCAGAACUUCUACAUCUUAUUGAGAGCUAUCACUCACAAAAUUAAUUAAUUAAAUAAAUAAAUAAAAACAAGAGAAAUCAGAGAAAUGAAUAAUGAGAAACUAGGAAACUUUCGAGGUGCUACUUGUUUCUUUAAUGUAGUUAUUUGUGAUUGGGCCAGUAAUUUUGUAGCGCAUGACACAGUAGUGUUGUAUACUAAAUAGCUUCUUGUUCUGUUUUUAAAUUCACAACUCAACGGUUUUCAACCUGUGAGUAAGCUACUUGUCAUUGAAUUGCGCCCACCAAUGACAGGUAGCUUAUUCACAGGUUGAAAACCAUUGAGUUGACUCGAGUCUUUUGAAUCAAUUCAAAAACGAGAUUCGUUCUGUCACCAUUACUGCAGAUUACAUUUUAUGCCAGUGUAUAGCGACAAAUGAUCGUUUUAUGUGUUAAGAGCAGUGAGGCAUUGAAUCAUUGAAUUGUUAAAUUUGAUUUGUUAAAACACAGAGUCAUCCAUGACCGAAACAAUGAAAGUGAACAAUGAUUUUUUCAUACUUAGAAGAUUCAUUCAAAAACACAGACUCGUUCAAGAAACUAAACAAUUGAAGUGUUUUAGGCAUACACCUAAGUAAAGCAAGAAAAGAGAAAGACUGGAAAAAACAACAAACAUAUAAUGAACAGUAGGUUAGGUAAAACACGUUUUCACGUGCAUCAUGCUAAAAACACACACAGUGUGCUAUAUGUCCCGAGGUGCCUGCAAAUGACAGUGUAAUACCUGACCUAUAAUACAGACCCAACAUUCAAAGAUAAGCCGGUUUAAUUUAUCCGACCGCUGUAAAGAGGUUGACAAACCAAAAACUAACAAUCACCAGCCAUAGCACAGUGCAAAGCCACAUUUUCCAUACCUGCAUCAAAAGCAAGGACCGCUCACGUUUGUUUAUUGACAGUGGAGGAUGUUUUACGACUGUGUCGUACUGAGCCACGUAUUGGGAUGAUGUGCUCUCAGAACAGGCAAAAUUUUAUCUAUAUCUGCGAACAGCGUAGAUAAGCUUAAUUAUAUUAUUUAAAUAGUGAGUCAAGUAGUAUGUUGACGGUGUUGGUGAGCCCACUUCUUUCUCAGUGGAUUUUGGGUUGAGAUGGGGAUGGUGGGGGGCUUGAGCUUAUGUUCGAAAAGGUUGAAAAUCCUUGCUCUAACUUGAUCACCUUGGCUUGCAUUUUUCAGGAGCUUAUUUUUCUCACAAACAUCAAGAAUAUUUAAUUAAAGCAUUGUCGUAUAAAUAGAUUAAACCUUUCUUUUUUAAUACACAUUGAAAUCUGUGUCAGAGGUAAACAGUGGUUGAGUCUGCUAAUUUACAGAACAUUGAUAAGUUAAAUUCCUGUAGGACCUUAUACUUUUGGAAUGUUUAAGUUCACAAAUAAAAGGUUUGUGCCCAUGCAGAGGGUUUUAUGCAAUUUACUAGUCACUAUGGCUGUUCUUUAUAAACACUGUUUACUUCAAAAGUACACAAACAAAUAGUUGUGGAAUGCUCUAAAAAUUUCUCAAGGGAAAAAAACAAGGAAUUUCUCUGUAAACAAUCAAUUGAGACCUUGCAGGGUUUUCCUGCUCUUUUCUCUGCUUCAUAGAUGUAGCUUGUCUAAUAACGUUAGAGCUGAUUUGUCUGCUGAGGUUUUGAUAAAGCAGUGUAAAUGUAAUAAUGUUAUUGAGCAAAACCAGUACAGCAUGAAACCAGGUUGGAUCAAUCAUCACAGAUAAUGCUUUAAAAAUGCUCCAGCAACUGUUACAAUUAUUGUACAUGAAUAUUAAUAUGGUAUUGAUCAUUCCAGUUGUGUACAUUUCGUAUAUCAGUCAUAUUACAAAUUCAGCUAAAUGUAUUAUCCCUUCAGUGAAGGACAGUGCAUAGUUACUCUAUAACAUCAUUGUAAAGCUAUUUAUUUUUGUGAAGUUUUUGUUGUCUAAAAUAGAUACAAACUAAACAAAGUUUUGAGAUGCUGCUUUCUUUUCAUUUUACAAGUCAAUGAAAUGUCUGAAAAUAAAAAUUCAUA